AGAGAGAGAGAUUUACACAUUUACAUGUAGGCAGAGGCAGACACACACGCGGCAAGACGGAGGAAGAGAACGCAACGUGAGAGAAAGAAGGGGGACAGUAAAAGAGGGUUGGAGGGAAGAGAUCCAGGGCUGGAUGGUGCCUUCUGGAAAGAGGGGGAAGAAGAGGGCUACUCUCGUAGUUACGUCGUGUGGAAGCGCUCCUACAGUAGAGGCAGAAAGAGCGGGAGAGGGAGAGGGAGAGGGAGAGAGAGGGAGAGAAAGAGGAGGUGAGAAAGAGAGAUCUAGAGGUGCUUGUGGUUGACUGGAGCUCCAGCACUCUGUCCUGGAUUUCCCCCCAGCAAGCUGUUGUGUGUGGGCUACAGGCACAGCGAAUCCCUCUGCUGACUGGAGGAGACCCCGUGAAUACUACUACAGCUCCUGUGUUUGUGUGCGUGUGUGUGUGUGUGUGUGUUUGUGUAUGUGAGGGGGUGUGUACCGCCCUCAUAGGUGCCAAGCCGACUAGGGCGCGCAGCCGGGUGUGAGUGUGAGCAUGUGUAUGGGUGUGUGAGUGUGUGUAUGCAGGCGUGUGUGUGUGUCUUUCUCGUCGCGGCGGUUGGAGAAGCAGGGCCCAGUAUAUGGAUAGGAGCUCUCUGUUUCAGCUCAUUCAAGAGCAGCUGGACCCUGAGCAGACUGGUUUCAUCGCGGUGGAGAACUUCACCAGUCUGGCACAGCAGCAUGAGCUGCAGCUGGACCCCACCAAGCUGGACAUGCUACUCGCACUGGUGCAGAGCGACCAGCAUGGCCACGUGUGCUACCAGGAGCUCAUUGAGCUGCUAAGCAGCAAGCGCUCCAGCAGUUUCCGCCGUGCCAUCGCCAAUGGCCGACGCACGCUGCAGCGAGAGAUCCUAUUGGACGAGACGGGCCUGGGUGUGUACAAACGCUUUGUACGCUACGUCGCAUACGAGAUCUUGCCUUGCGAGACAGACCGCCGCUGGUACUUCCAUCAGAACCGGCUGUGCCCACCUCCAGUAUUUAUGGCCAUCAUCACCAUCGUGCAGAUUGUGGUGUUUAUGUGUUAUGGAGUAAGGCUGAAUAAGUGGGUUCUACAGACGUAUCAGCCAGAAUUUAUGAAGAGCCCACUGGUCUACCACCCAGGACACAGAACACAGGUCUGGAGAUUCCUCAGCUACAUGUUCAUGCAUGUUGGGUUGGAACAGUUGGGUUUUAAUGCACUCCUCCAGUUGAUGAUUGGUGUUCCUCUGGAGAUGGUGCAUGGAAUCCUGAGAAUCAGCCUUCUCUACAUGGCAGGAGUGGUAGCAGGUUCUCUUACAGUCUCUAUAACUGAUAUGAGAGCUCCAGUGGUCGGCGGCUCUGGGGGAGUCUAUGCGCUCUGCUCUGCACAUCUCGCCAACGUCGUCAUGAACUGGGCUGGGAUGAAGUGUCCGUAUAAACUAUUGCGGAUGGUCCUUGCUCUGGUCUGCAUGAGUUCUGAGGUGGGCCGGGCGGUGUGGCUUCGCUUCUCUCCUCCCCUCCCGUCGUCGGGGCCGCAACCCAGUUUCAUGGCGCACCUGUCCGGGGCGGUGGUGGGCAUCAGUAUGGGCCUCCUGAUCCUGCGCAGCUAUGAGGAGUCUCUCCACAAGCAGUGCUCCUGGUGGGUCCUCGUCUUCUCCUUCAUCACCUUCCUCCUCUUCGCCAUUUUCUGGAACAUCUUUGCCUAUGAGCUGCUGGACGUUCAGAUCCCGCCUCCGCCAUGAUGACGUGCCGCCUUGCAGCCCCGCCCCCUCCCUCGGAUGACACGACUACGUUCCGUCUGGCUGUGAACGGCCACGCCUUUUCAGGAGCCGGAUUAUUUUGCCUGCCACGACCAUUUUUGUUAGAGGUUCUGCACCAUUCUACUCCACUCGUCCAAGAGCGGAGGGAUGAAUAAAACGGGACGUGAGAGUGUGAAUGCACAACUUUCAGAAGUGAUACUACCACCCGUUCACCCCACCUUACUCAAAUAUUCUGAACGGACUAUGUCUAAACCCGGAAAGGAAGAUGUGAACGGACUCUAAAAACACUACAGGGCAAAAAAAGUUUCUUCUUUCUUUCUGUUACUGGGUAUCUUAUACACUCCCAUACACUCUAUCAAAUUUCAUUUUUAUGUGUUUUUUUUCUCAGAAGAAAAACGACGAUUUCAAAUGGUGCAUAAAUGUAAUUUUCUCUUAUGGAUCCUGCUGUUCUGGUACUUUGGAAACCUGAAAGGAAAUAUAGUUUGACAUGCUUUCUGACCUUCUGCUGCACACACACACACACACACAUGCACACAAACAUACACAAUCACACACACAAACAUACACAGACAGAUAAUCACACACACAAACACACAUGCACAGAAAAACACAAGCACACAUUAUAGCUGUGAGUGUGGAGUCAAAGGUCAGCUUUUCAUGUGUGAACCUUUGCCCUUCGAUUUCCUGCCUAUUGCAGGUGCAUGGAUGAGGUCAAAAAGUCAGAAGGUCAAGUCUGUGAUGCCUUUAAUAUAGGUUGAGACCACUGAAGCCAGACUGAUUCCCACAGUAACCGUUGCCUUGGUUACCGUUGUGCAGUUGCUAUGGUAACUGUUGUUAAGGUGUGAUAUUUACACCGCCUACUGCCCCCCCCAAAGAAAAAACAACAACAACAACAAAACCAAAACAAUUGGCAACUGAUCAAAGCAACUAAUACUUCAUCUGUGUUGCAGUUUCUGUGCUUUCUCUUCCCCAUUUCCCACUCGGAACUCAGCUGAAGUAUUUCAGUCAACUAAUGAUCCUCUCAGAGAAGAAACCUACAAACACACUACAAUGGGCAUUUUCUGAUUCACUAAUCAAAGUAAGUUGGUUUAAAAUUCUGCAGUGCCAAGUAAUCAUUCGCUAAGCUGCUAUAUCAAAUUGUAUAUUCAAUACUGAAUAUCUUUAUUUUUGUUUACGUUCCUAGAGCUUUGCUGGGGGGUGGGGUGGGCUGUAACAUGGGGCGGCAUUGCCAGAGGACUGAUUUCUGAUCUUUUCUGAAAAGCACGACAAUGUUUCUGACCAAUAUAUGUGUGGUGUUGUGAAUUUUUGUGCCAUAUGUUUAUAUUGGUACCUCUGUUCAUUCAGCUCAUCUUCCUGUGCUUGCGGCUUCUGUUAGCUGUUCACACACGCACACACACUGGUUAGCUGUUCUCACACACACACACACAAACUUCUGAUAACUGCUCUCA